AUGUGCUCCAAAAGAACAUAUGAGAACGCAUUGACGCUCCUCAAGACCAGAAGGAGGAAUGGAAGGCCCACACAUGUCACCGAUGCCACUCCCACUCUUCCCUCCACAACAAACAUAUUCACCGGAGCUCGUUCUUCUUACAGAGGCGCACCAAGCAUAACAGGCAUGCGGGACUGGCUCGGAAAGAUAGGCUAUACGGACGUCGACGUAGCCGCCUUGAACAUCAUACACGUCGCUGGGACAAAAGGCAAAGGCAGCACCUGUGCCUUUGCUCGAUCCCUCUUACAAGCACGGGGUCAACGCACAGGGUUCCCGAACAAAAUUGGUCUCUACACCUCACCUGAUCUUACAUGCAUUCGAGAGCGGAUCCAGAUCGACGGGCAGCCUAUCUCGGAGGAUUUGUUCACCAAGUACUUCUUUGAAAUCUGGGACCGGUUGUUCUUACAGCCAGAUAGAGUCACCACCGAUGACGCAAAACAGCCCCGGUUUCUGCAGUUCAUGGCAUUGCUAGCCAUCCACACAUUUACGCGGGAGGGGACGCGAGCAACAAUCUUCGAGACUCAUCAUGGCGGCGAAUACGACGCCACGAACGUUAUUGCUGCACCAGUAGUGACGGGAAUCACCUCCAUCGGCCUGGACCAUCUCGCACAACUGGGACCCGAGAUCGAGGAUGUGGCGUGGCACAAGGCGGGUAUCUUCAAGACUGGAACUCCUGCUUUCUCCUCGCCACAAACGCCGGCCGUGGAAGCCGUGUUGCGAGCUCGGGCGAGUCAAAAGAACGUCGAGUUUGCGAUCGUUUCAGUCGACCCUUCCCUGCCUCGCCAUGCAAAUGCGUUGCGUCCGCACGUGCAGCGGAUCAACUGUUCCUUGGCUAUUGCGCUCGUCAACACAUUUCUCUCCGCAAAGAGCCCCAUUGACAAAAGCCGGCUAAGCGAGCAGGAUAUCGAAACAGGCAUCGAGAACUUCUCAUGGCCUGGCAGAUUCGAGAUCAUCAAAACCCCGCGAUGUACCUGGUUUCUCGACGGGGCUCAUAACGAAUUGAGCAUAGGACAGGCGGUUGAGUGGUUCGCUGAGAUGACUUCGAGCUCUCUUGACCGCGAUGGUGGCCCCAAAGAACCUCGACGUUUGGUUAUUUUCUCACAUAUUUCGGAAGAGCGAGACGGACUUUCGUUGUUGAGAGCGCUGGGGACAGCACUCGAGCGAAAUGCCAUACGAAGUGCUGAAAUGGUGUUUACAACGUACCAAGAAUGCCGUGACGGAGAAGUUCGAUUUGAUAAAACACUGAAAGCCCCAGAUCCCUCACUGGCAGACCUCCCGAAACAAUACCCUGCCUUAUGGGAGUCGAUCCAGCCGGCUGCGAGCUCCAUAUACGUACCGUCAAUUGAAGAGGCGUUGGAGUACGCGGACGAAGCCAGCCAUAAGCAUGGGAACUUACAAGUGUUGGUGACUGGGAGCUUGCACCUGGUGGGCGGCGCACUUUACUUGCUGCAGCGGCAAAAAGCUGACACUACUGACGGCUGA